GUGGUGUCAUGGCUGACAAGUAUCAUAUGAUAAUGCAGAUCUCCAACUGUCAUAGAUCUAGCAGAUAACCAUUGGCUGACUAUAGAGUAUCAGACUACCACCACCACCAACAACACCAUUUUCACCGCCACCGCGCUACUGCUCGCCAACACCAUAGUCCUGAUAAUAGAUGAGACAGAGCAAAAAAAUUAAGAUGCCAAAUGCUCUCCACAAAGCGCUCCAUGAAUACUUCUUCAAGGCGAGAAGAGCAACACGAUCUUCAACGGAGAAUUCCGUAGCUGCUGCCACCUCGUCUUCUUCCCGCAGCUCCGCCACCUCAUGGCUUUUUUCCGCCUGCAGGUUCCCGAAGACCGCCUCCUUCGCGACUGACCGGGAGGUUGAGGCGCCUGCUGGAAUUCACCACUUCAACACUCUGUUCCUUGCAGACGAUUCCGGCCACCUGCCGGAGUUCACUUCGAUUUCCUGCAGCAGGUCGAGCGACUUCUCGACAACCGACUCCGGUUGCGUCCCCCACGAUCUUACCAGCAGCGGGCGGUUCUUGAUCGUGCCAGAGGCACCUAAUUCCACCUUCGGCGUCAGCAACGGACUUCCGGCGGCCCCGGCUAUUACGGAAACAGAAACCCGGCUCGUUGGGCACAGCGUUGCCGUCACGACGUACUCGCCGGAUCCGUUUCAAGAUUUUCGGCAGUCGAUGAAAGAGAUGGUGGAAGCGAGAGCGCAUGAGCAAGGGGUAGAUUGGGACUUCUUGGAGGAGUUGCUCUUCUGCUAUCUAAAACUAAACCAUUCCCGCGAUCACAGAUACAUUCUCGCCGCGUUCGCGGAUCUGUUGGUGAGCCUCGGCACCGAUCAGCUGCCCGCGUCCCUCCGGCCGGUCCGGUUACAGGACACGCCGGUGCAAUCGGUCAAUGGGCAGAAGGCGAGAAGGAAGAGUACAGGUAUGAGGGAGAAUCCUGCGAAAGUUUGACCCAUCUACAGGCGGAAGACAAGCAGGCGACAGUUUUCUGAGCUUAGAACCAAAUGGGUCGUCGUUGUUUCUCCCCACCUGAAAAGGUUGAGCCAUUUCCGGCAAAGUAGAUCGCUUUUUGUUACUAACGAUGCUCAAUUUCCACCGAGGAAAGUCCGAGUCGGAUAGAAUACUGAACCGAGUUAGACAAUUUGGUUGUCCGGACCGGUACAUAGUUCUCCUUGUAAAGUAAAUCAUAAAAGGUGAGGAAGAAUCUCUGUUUGUGACGUAUCGGAACUUCCGGUUCAUAAAACCGUUACAAUUUUUUUGGAACUGUAUUUUGAUGGCA